GUUGAAUAACAAAUUCGUCAGUCAAUAAAAAUACGUACUGUUUUCAGUAGGUAACAAAAUAAAAAGAAAUUUAGUUAAGACCUUGAACGGCUUGUUCAGGUAGAACUAUAAAACUUGUCUGUAAACUCGCUAGCCUAAUUUAGAAAAAAAUGUGAAGUUAUAGAAAUACAUUCAUCUUCAUUUUAAUUGUGUACUCACCAAAAAAGAUAAGAUAAAACACAGAUAUGGAACUAUAGUCCUAUGCAUAGAGUGAUUCACCUGCUUUAUUUAGGUGGAUGUAUUCUAUUGAAAUAAUAUGUAGUAAGGUGUUCGUUGAAAAGUGCUGUUUAUCCAAUAUUCAAACUAUUCCAAGUGAAAAAUGUACUUCGGUAAAACGAGGUCAAUUCGGAACCAAGAACUUACAAUAGACAGUGUCGUUUCCACCCAACCCGAACUUGGGCCCAAUAUACCCGACGGAGGAUAUGGCUGGCUCGUAUUUUUUGCAACCUUGUUCUUUCAGGCCCUGAUACCAAGUUUGACCGUAAGCUUUGGAGUAUUUCUGGCAUUUUCGAGACUAAAAGUUAUAAACAGAAGUGAUACAAACCCUAGACUAUGGGACGACAGCUUUAUGUAUGCUCCGUUGUUUUUUAUCACUACAUGGACAGUUUUUGAUCCAACUUCCAGAUCUCUUAUUUCUUCGAGCACAUGGCCAAGACUUGUUGCAACUGCCGGCACCUGUUUGACCUGCGCAGGCCUUUUGUUUUUGUGGAUGGGUUUAACGGAAUAUGGUGGGAGUGUUUUGUUUUCGCUAGCCGGAAUUGCAUGUGGUGUUGGUGCAUCAAUUCAAACAUCACAAUGCGAAAUAUUGUUAGCCCAGUACUUUAGACUGAAGCAUGGUCUCCUAGUCAACAUAUCUCAAGCAGUAACAGCUCUGGGAUUCGUCAUAGCUCCCAUUGUAGUAGGACAUACCAUUCUUGCUACAAACCUAUUUAACGUGAUAUUAUGGUACCAAGCUGUUAUUUUACAGGGCCUAGUUUGCAACUUAGUAUUUAAGAAACCUCAGUACUUAAAGUCGAAACAAAGAAAUGCUUACAAUUAUGUAUCGUCUAAUCCAGACGAUGAAGAAGAUAUCCUCUCUAAAAACUCUAGAGAACUUCAAAUUAAGAGGCAAAAUAGUACAGGAAGUAACGUAACCAUAGAAAAGCAUCAAAUAUCUACUCCUAAAGAACCAAAUAUUCAGGAAAUUUCCGAACCCAGUAGUAGUAGUAAAAAUACCAAAACACCUGAGAAUUGGGAAUCAUUUGACAAUGAACAUAAGGAUGAGAAACAUAAUUAUGAAAGUUUAAAAGAAGAAUGGGAAACAUUCGACGAAGAUGAAGAGGUGAAACAAAAACCAAAGACUAACUCAUGGGUAAAAUUUGAAGAUGAACCAAAGCUUAAUACCAAAAAUUUACAACUUGAAUUAGCAUUUGCCGAAGAAAGAGAAAAUCCCGGGCCUACUACAAGUAUUUCAGGUGUGCCUAUGCCUCUUUUCUCAGACCUGCCAGUCAACAAUAACAAUACAUAUUCGUAUGACAUCUUGGAGCAAGAUGUCUACACACCAAGACCUGCAGUAUUCAUGCCUACAACUAUUGAAAAAUAUUCCAUAACUAGACUUGAAAUAUUAAAGCAGCCGACAUUUUACAAGUCGUUCUUGACUGUAUUAACAACCAAAUUCUCGAUUUUCGUUUACUACAGUUUAUUUCCAUUGUACGUUUACCAAGAAGUAGCCAAAAUUAAUAUGAGAGAUAUGACAACUUUGGUUGGUUGCUUAUCUAUUACUAGUUUUUUGUUUACUGGAGUAUCUCAUUGGAUAAAUAUUGAUAAAAAAAGGAGGCCUAUAUGUUUGUGGGCAUUGUGCUGGGUUGGUGCCUUUGGAUAUUUUAUGGUAGCCGAUUCAAAAUCAAAACAAGUUUUAAUAUUUGGAGCCAUCCUAGUAAUUCUUAGUAUUUCUACAUUACAAUAUGUUGGUAUGCCUCUGCUGGGAUUAACAAUAAGAGGAGAAACGAAUAAAGAAUUUUGUUUAACAAGUGUUAUGAGUGGCUGUGCAUUUCUAUUCUUUCUGAUUAUUAAUGCUUCUUUCAAAAACUGUUUUAGGCUAAUGGCCUUACUUCACUUUUUCACAGGAGCAGUAUGGUUUUCAAAUUAUAUUUAUAAGAAAAUAAAAAUUUAAUUAAACGCCUUUGUAAUCUUUACUUUUUAGUUAUAUUUUGUAAAUAAAUAUGUCCAAUGUAAAAUAAGCCUUCAUUUUGUUAUUACCACCAAACGUCACCUUUACUAGUGA